GUGCCACUUUCAGGUCUCCUCACACACUGCUGGUGUGUUCAAUUUUUUUGUCAUAGGGUGCUGGCAGAUUACGGGCCUCCUAUAGCUGCUGCCAGGCCCCUAAUCUGCCAUGGGCCCCUAUACCGCCUCCUCAUGCUGCUGCCAGGUCCAGAGUCUCUCAUGGGUCCCUGUACGGCCUCCCAUUGCUGCUGUCUCCAUCGCCACACUCUGCCAUGUGCCACUUUCAGGUCUCCUCACACUCCUGCUGGUUUCCAUUUUGUCAUAGGUUGCUGUAUGGCCUCCCAUUGCUGCUGCCUCCACCGCCACACUGUGGCUCCAAACACUGGUUUUGGCCCCGUGACUGGCCAAAUGAGUGAAGUGUGCGGUGAUUCUAAGAUCGACGGCACUCAUCUGCAUGUCAUACUGAGUGACAGUAUUAUUUCUCUUCCCCAGCAGACUCCAAGGGCAUUUAAAUUAAAGGUACAGUGUUCUGCACUAAUAUUA